AUGAAGAAAUUCGGAUUCGGCAGGAGAGGUGAUGGCGACGAGGAUUCCAAUCGUUUAGCACUCUUUGGAAGUCGAUCCAAGAGCACUUCCCCAGCGCCUGCAUCGUCGAACCCAUACGCACAACCACCACCAGCAGCUGAUCCCUAUGCCAAUACGCCGCAACCUUCAUAUGGCCCCUCGGGUCCCUCACCUUAUCAACAAGCCAAGCAAACCUAUCUUGCCCCUGCCACUACCGCUGCUCCUGCUGCUGCCCCUGGAUUUGGGGCUGGUAGAGGCGGCCUUCCUAACGGCCCUGCCCCAUACAAUGGAGGCUAUGGAGGCCCGCCGGCGCCCGCAGCAGUCAGUCGCACUCCAGCACCAAAUGGUGGAGGCUAUGCGGCUGAUAGAUAUGGUAGCGGGGGCGGAUAUGGGGCCAACAGAUACGGCGGACCCUCUGCUGAUACCGGCGGCUCGAGAUAUGGACCAAGUGGCUAUGGUGGAUUAGGUCGGACGAUCAGUAAUGAAACAACUAGCACAGAAGAUAAUCGAGAAGCUUUGUUUGCAGGAGCGAAGGAAAGAUAUGCACAGAAAAACAACCACCCGCACAACAAUGGACAGCCAGAUGGUGGGCAUGCCGCCGAAUCAUCGACUCCAGGCGCCGAGGGUACUGAUAGUGGCUAUGGCACAUAUGGGGAUGAGAGGCAGCUUACUAGCGAGGAACAAGAGGAGGAGGAUGUCCAAGCAACCAAGCAGCAGAUUCGCUUCAUGAAGCAAGAGGAUGUUUCGUCGACGCGUAAUGCAUUGCGCCUCGCGCAUCAGGCUGAAGAAACAGGCCGAGCUACCUUGGCUAGACUUGGAGCCCAAGGUGAUCGCAUCCACAAUACCGAGAAGAAUUUGGAUCUUGCUUCCAAUCACAACCGAAUUGCUGAGGAGAAGUCGAAAGAACUGAAGACAUUGAAUAGGAGCAUGUUCGCUGUUCAUGUCUCUAACCCAUUUACAGCCUCAUCAAGAAGAGCUGAGCGUGAUCAGGAAAUCAUCGAGAAGCACAGAGCUGAGCGUGAGCAGCGCGAUGCAACUCGGCAGGCAGCUUUUGGUACGCAGCAGCGAAUGGAACGGGCGUUCAGAGACCUUCGACCAGGGGAAACUAGCUUCCGGAGCAAGGCCAGCCUUGCCGAGAGGGCAAAGUAUCAGUUCGAGGCAGAUUCAGAAGAUGAUGAAAUGGAGAAUGAGAUUGAUCACAAUCUUGAUGCUCUGGGCCAUGCUGCUGGGCGACUAAAUGCUUUAGCAAGGGCUACUGGGAGGGAGGUGGAUGAGCAAAACAAGCACAUCGAUAAGAUCAUCGAAAAGAGCGAUCGUGUGGACGACCAAAUUGCUAUGAACAGAGCGAGAUUGGAUCGUAUUCAUUGA